AUGCAAUUGACCGUCGAACAGAUUCUGGGGGUUCUCCCGGCGGCGUUUCUCAUCGCCGAAGUCUUGGGCUUCCAGUUCCUCGGGUUCAUUGUUAUGUGCGUGUGGAUUUGGGCGAGAUACGGCGAUUUUAUUCACAGAUCGUACAUUACGCUCGACCGGGACUUGAGGUAAGUUUUUUGGGAAAUUUGGGGUUUUGUUACCUAAAAAAUUUUUUUUUUAUUUUUCAUAUUUUUUUUGAUUUUCACAAAAAUAAUGGAUUUACUAAGCAGCAUAUUGAAUUUUUAGGUCUUUUUCAAUUAAUGUUAAAUUUUUAAAAAUUACUUUUUAAUCCUUAAAAUGCUUAUUUUUAAUGUUUUUGAAGCCUAAAAGUCUAUUUUUAAACUAUUUAUGCAUCAAAAUAUAAAAAUAAAAAAAUAUAGUGUUUACUUUAAUUCUACACCAUUUACACGAUUUUUUGGCUCCAUUUUGAUUAUUUUCCCUUAAAAAACGAGCCGAUAAGCUCCUUUUAUCAUUCCCCCAUGUUCCAAACGUUUCUCUCUCGUUUCGGAGCGCUUUUCUCAUGUGCCGACCAUAGCUCAGUUGGUAGAGCGGAGGACUGUAGUUCAAGCGGAAAUCCUUAGGUCGCUGGUUCGAAUCCGGCUGGUCGGAACUUGUUUUUGCAGUUUUUUUGAGGCGGGUAAUGUAAAAUACGGCCUUCUUUUUGGCCUGAGUUUAUACUAGUGAGCUUACAACUAUAAGUUUUUGUUACUUUAAGUUUAGGAAACUUUAAAAAAGGCAAAAAGAGUAUAAAAUUUAAACUUUUUAGAAUAAAGUUUCCAAUUUCUUCUAAAAACUGCUUAUAAAAGCUUCGAAAAACCUUUUUUUCAGUGGACUAUGGCUCUUGUUGAAUGUAAAAAUUGAUCUAUUUCAACAAAGCAAGAGAAAUCGACCACUGUUUGAGAUCUUCUUGGAUGUGUGUCGAAGACAACCUAACAAAGAAGCUAUCAUUGAGGUCAACACUGACCGAAAAGUCACCUUCGCCGAGUUGAAUGCCGAAGCCAACAGAUUUGCCAACUAUUUUCAGGUGGAAUUUUGAAGUUUUUAUAAAAAAACCUUAUUUGAAAUUUGAAUUUAAAAAAUUUUUUUAGGUAUCAAAAUUUUUUUAAAUUUAAUUUUUUAGCGAAAAAAGGUCUAAGAUUGUUUUUUAGCUUAAAGCUCAUUUUAAAAAAAACGAACUUUGAUUUGUAAAAUACGUUUUAUCAACCGAAAAUAGCCUUUUCAUCUUACGCUAGCCUUAAACUUCUAUUAUAUUUUUCAGAAGUUAGGCUACAAAAAAGGGGAUGCGAUCGCCUUGUUCAUGGAAAACUCGAUCGAUUUCGUAGCAGCAUGGUUAGGCUUAUCGAAGAUUGGAGUUGUUACAGCAUGGAUCAACUCUUCGUUAAAGUCUGAACAACUUGCACAUUGCAUUUAUACUUCAAAGACGAAUGCUGUCGUUUGUUCCAAGAACUUGGCUCAUGGUAAGGACGGUGUUAUGGCUAUUUUUUAAUGUUUUUGUACUUAAAAAUUGAGUUUUUUCGAUGUUUUGCCGAAUUUUUGUGGUUUUUAUGCCUGAAAUGGUGAUUUUUUAGAAAUUUUUUAGUUUUUUUAUAUCUAAAACUUUUUUUUGAAUAGUAAAGCUUUUUAAUAGACAAUUACUGAUCUAGUAAAGCGUAUUUUGUUCAGCUUUUAAUGUAUUUUACUCAAUUCCAAUAAUUCCAGUGAUCGCCGCAGCCAAGGCUGAAGGUCAUCUGAACUCGUCUACCGAGCUCAACAUGUACAUUUGUGAUCUGGGUGACAAUUCUGAACUCAACUCAAAGUUUAAGACUUCAGAAUACACUCAUUUGUCUCCAGAACUUCAGAAACAGUCGACUGAAGAGCCGACCAAAGUCAUCGGAGUUGAUUUCCAAUCAGUAUUGUGCUUCAUUUACACUAGUGGUACUACCGGAAUGCCUAAGGCGGCUGUUAUGAGGGGGUUACGGUAAGGUUUUUAAGAAUUUUAUGGGUUUUGGGGCGGGAUUUUUGGGUUUUAUAGGGGGUUUUGGCAAUAUUUUGAAAUUUUUUUGAAUGUUACAGUAAGAUUUCAAGCUUUUUCAUAUUUUUCAUAUCAAAAAAAGUCUUUUCUAUUGCCUUCCGAUCUUCUGUAACAAAAUUUUGUCUUUUUAGGUACUACUCAAUGUGUGUAGGAGCAGCCAAAGCCUUUAAAGUAUCUCCAGAAGACAGGAUUUACAUUUGCAUGCCCACUUAUCAUACAGCCGCAGGCAUCUUGGGCAUUGGGCAGACCGUUCUAAGGGGUGCAACUGCGGUUAUCCGCCCUAAGUUCUCGGCCAGCAACUUCUGGAAAGACUGUGUGAAGUAUGAGUGUACUGUAAGUCUUGUGGCUUUUUUAAUGGUGUUUUGAAAAAGUUAAAUUUAAAAUUUUUUUCAAAAUUUUCAAAUUUUCAAAAAAUGAAAAUUCAGGCUUCCCAAUACAUUGGUGAGAUCUGCCGAUACCUGCUGGCUCAACCAGCCUCUCCAGAAGAAAAGCUACACAAAGUUAAGUUGAUGUAUGGCAAUGGCCUUCGACCAGAAAUCUGGCAAGAAGUUGUCGACCGUUUUGGCGUCAGAAUCGGCGAACUCUAUGGUUCUACUGAAGGCACUUCUAACUUGGGUAUGUCUUUAACAUUUUUACACUAUUUAUUUGCCUAAAAAAUAGUAAACAAGGUUUAUUAUCAUUAAUUUUUUGUUAAAAACACGAAAGGCUGUUUUUGAGCUUAUUUUAUCAAUAUUUUAUUGUUUUUUAACUAUUUUUCAACCUUUUUAAUGACUUUUGGACGUAGUUAUAUCUAAUUAACCUUUUUUAAACUUAUUUUUAUUAAUUCACAAAUAAUUAGUAACGUUUUGCGACAAAAACAUCAUUUUUCCUUUCAAAGCACUGUUUAUUCCCUUCCCUUUCCGAAAUGAGCGAGAAAAAAGCAACUCGGAACGUGCGCCAUGAUAGCUCAGUUGGGAGAGCGUUAGACUGAAGAUCUAAAGGUCACCGGUUCGAUCCCGGUUCGUGGCAUUUUUGCUUUCGGGGCUUUUUGGGCUUGGAAAAGUUUAAAUAUUGCGUUUUUAGGUUUGUAAACUAUUUAAGACGUUUCUAUUUUACAUUUUUGGAUAACAAAUUUUGGUGUUUUACCCUUUUAGGGUAAUUUUUAGCUAAUUUUUCUAAAAUUUUUUAAAAUUUUAACUUUUUUUGCUAAUACUAGCCAUUUUUAGUUAACAUUGACGGCCGAGUAGGAUCAUGUGGAUUCCUACCAAUCUCUCCAUUGACUUCUCGUCUCCAUCCAGUACGAUUAAUCAAGGUAGACGAAAUAACUGGUGAGGUAAUCAGAGGAACAGAUGGUUUAUGUAUACCAUGUCGGCCAGGAGAAACUGGAGCCAUGGUAUCUACGAUUAGACGUGGCAACCCACUGUUGAACUUUGAAGGCUAUUUGAAUCAGAAGGAGACUAGCAAGAAGGUGUUGAACAAUGUGUUUAGGAAGGGAGAUCAAGUCUUUGUUUCUGGUGAGUUUUGUGAGGUUUGCAGGGGAUAUUGUAAUAGGUUUUGAGAUGAAAAAUUUAAUUUUUGGAUAUUUCAGUACUUGUUCGGGCUUAAAAAUGCGUUUUCCUAAGUUUUUAUGGCCACAAAAUUUAAUUUUUUACAAAAAAGUCUCAUUUUCGAAAAAAUUUUCAGGUGACAUCCUGCACUGGGACCGCCUAGGCUACGUCUACUUCCGUGACCGUACUGGAGACACGUUCAGAUGGAAAGGAGAGAAUGUAUCCACUACAGAAGUCGAGAAAGCCUUCUAUGGCUGUCCCGAACUUCGAAAAUGCAUCUCUGAUGUUACAGUAUACGGGGUUAAAGUCCCGAAAACGGAAGGCCGAGCUGGAAUGGCAGCUAUCGUCAAGAUUCAGGACAGUGAGGUGUCUGAUGAGGUGGGUUUUUUAUUGUUUAAUUUUUUGAAAUUUUUUUUCAUUUUUAGAUUUUUUUUUUAAUUUUAAAAUUUUAAAAAAAUCCGAGAAAUUUUGAAACUUUUUUUUAUUUUGGUUAAGCUUAUCAAUACAGUCAUCGUGAAUCACAUAAAACAUAUUUUGCUUAAGGAAAUGAUUGAAAAGUUGGCUAGCCACUUGAAGUCCCGCCUAAUGGGACCAGCUGUACCAGUUUUCCUCAGGCUAUGCAGUGAUGUCCAGAGAACCGGUAAGUUUUCGAAUUUAAAAAUUUUUUGCCGUUUUGCGACCAUUUUGAUGAUUUUAUAACCAAGUUUUAAAACCCUCCGCACAGUGCAGUUUUAUAUUUUGUCUGCACCGUGCAGAGUUUAAUUAGAUUGCAACGUGCAAAAUCAAAAAAUGGCCAUAUUUGCCAUUCUUUUUGGUAUAUCAAGCCAAAAUGUUAUCUAAAAAUGAUCAAAAUGACAUUACAGGGACCUUCAAGCUAAUCAAGACCCACUUACAAAGCCUUGGCUUGGACGGAACCGAAGAAAACGACCGUCUUUAUGUAAUGUACCAUGGUGCAUAUGUGCCAUUCGAUGCCGAGAAACGGCACCAACUGGACGAUGGUACCCUUGGAUUAUAA